AUGUCUCAAAACCAAUCCGCUAUUGCUUGGCCGAGCCACAUUACGGCCUCGGAGCGAGAGUUCUUUGAUAACUUUUAUCAACUUCUUGAUGGGACUACACUAGAGGAAGGCAAAGCUUGGAGCGAGACGUUUGCCCCCGAUGGGGAGUUUCGGGCAUUUGGCCAUGUAUUCAAAGGUCAUGCUGCCGGACGAGAGUUAAUCAUUCUGACCAACUACGAAAUGACUUGCCCCGACGGAUCUAUCAUUCAGGACAAGAGUGCUGCCCAUUUUAAUCUGAAAAAAGUGAGCGCAUCUCAAUCCAGAGAACCUUCUGUUAAUGAGACCAAGGACCCCCAGGUGUUGACCAACACGUUGGCUAAGAGUGCGCUCUAG